CGCACUGGUUCUCCAUUAAGUUUUUUCCUUCUCUUUAUAUAUGUUAAAAAAACUCAAAAGUGGUUUUAUUUUUUUUCCCCCUUUUAGCGCUUAGCCACCUCGUUUUUAUGUCUGCAGCACUGGAGAGCUGCCUCACACCUCCAACUCAGACAAAGCGUGGCCCUGAUCUGCCCAUUUCAAAAGCCAUUUGUCUUUGUGAGGAUGGGCAGAUCUGCUGGAGCACGUUUCUGAGAUGGGCUCAAGUCUGGGUUUUUAGAACCGUUACAGAACAGAUAACAAAUCUGGGCAGGUUUCUUCCAGGGAGGAGUACAGCGACAGCCAGUCUGCCUGUUCACUGUGAGCUCUGGAGUCAGAGCUUCUUCCGUGGAGCCUUCUGACUUGCCAUAAAAGCCCUGAGGUGUGUUUUUAACGGCCAGGCAGGGAGAACACGGCAGAGGUGACUCGAGAUAGAGCAAAACGCAGGGGCAGGGUGAGGAAAGCGGUCACCUGUCUCAGCCUGUCCCUCCGGGGCCCGAGGCACCAGCUGUGUCCCAGCACCAGUGAGAGGAAUUUGCAUAUUGUAACUCGCUUAUUUGUGACUAGGUUUAUUUCCCGCAAGGGGAGGACGGCCACAGCCCAGACCCCCAGGAUCCGUUUUCUGUGGGAAUCGUGUGAGUAAAGCACUCUCUGCCGGUGGGGCCCGAGCCUCACCGAGUGCUCGUUAGCUCGCCGGGGCGAGCAUCUUUAAUUACAGACAGCUCCAGCCCAACGUUCUCCAGGCGGCGGAAGCGGGAGGGAGCCCGUCCCGCUGUUCCCAGGCCGCCCAUGCGGCGUGGGGGUCCCUCCAGGCUCCGGGAAAGCCAGUUCGGGGUUGGGUCCGUGGCGGCGCCCCCUAGCUGUUCGUCCUUCUUAGUGCAUGCGGUCCCGUUCCCCGUCCGGUUUGACCCGGGAUCCCGCGGUUUGACGUUGUUUCUGUAACCCCCGCGGGUGCGGGGGGCGCGGGGCGGCGCCCGUACGUGACUGUGCUGUUCUCUCGCGGUCUGAGCGCAUUAAAGAUCUGUGUUUGUGGCUCCCAGCGCUGCCCGGGCUCGUUCUUCGCCGCCAUCACCACCUCGCGCCCUGCGCGGGCCGGAAGCGGGCGCUGCGCCCUGACGUCACUUCCGGCGGGGCGCCGGGGUAUGGAGGCGGAAGUGGCGGAGGCGGUGAAGGGGGAAAAGUGUGUCUGAAUACCGAGGAAUGAGCUGCAAUGGAUAACAAAGACUCGGAAGCUGAGAUUCACCCUCUGAAGACAGAGGAUGUAAAAGCUCAAGAGAACCAUGAAAACUCUGUGGAGAGAAGAAUUAUCAGCAAGCAGUCAUCACGACUGUCUCGGCUGUCCCGGUGGCGCACUGCCGCCUUCUUCAUCUCGUUAUUUCUGUGUCUGAUAAUUGUCUUUGCUUUCUCGUUCAUCAUUCCUUGCCCAGAGAGGCCAGUUUCAGAAAGAACAUGGUUCCGAGACUACGACAACACAGUGGCCUACCAGUUCCUCGCUAUAGAAGAUGCGAACGAAGACAAAGUACAAGAUGUCAUCUUCGCUUUCAAGGCUGGAAAUGGCAGCAGCAGCAGCUUCAACAGAUCCUGCUUGGAUGAAGGUCUGCCAUCGCCGUGUGCUUUCAUUGUUGCUGUGUCCGGCACGAACGGCAGAGUGCUUUGGGAGAGCCCCGCUGCUGAGGAGGUUGAGUGGAUGGAGUGUGGCAUCAAGCAGCUCGGGGGGGCUGACACACCGGGCUGCCUGGUUGUGGGGAAGCCGGCAUCGCUUACGGCAGUUGACCUGCGGAGAGGGGAGGUUCAGUGGAGACAGUCCAGUGACUUUGGAGCUAAUUAUACUGUGCUGACUCCCGUGUCAGUGAUCCCAGAUGUGGAUAGUGAUGGAGUUCAGGACCUGAUAAUCUUUAUUGCUGCAGGAGAUAAGAUUAAGACCUUCAUCCAUUCAGGAAAAAAUGGCAAACAGAUUGGCUCCCCCGGAAGCCUGAGCGUGGAUGGGAAAGCUCGCUAUAUCAUGCUGAACCUGGGCUCCUCCUUCUACUUCCUUUUCUAUACAGAAAACACUCUCUAUGCAUAUUCCCUGAAAGAUCUGUACACUGCAGCAACUGGGAUGGAAAUUAAGCUUCCUAGCCUUGAGCAAGAUCCUCAGUGGGAGAGGAACGUUGACCGCACCACACACCGCUUCUCCCUCCUCAGCUCUGGAGACAUUCGUUACCUGGCAAAAAUUCCUGGGCGAUCACGGGAGAACAUCCUGCUUGUAAACUCAGAGAUGGCUACGCUGAUCAAUGCACAAAAUCUUCAGACUUUGUGGACCCUCAACGUGUCCCAAAUUUUAAGUGAGCCGCUGCUGGGCUACUACAGACCUGAUGUUCUUGCCAUUGUUCUUGAGAGUGAAAUUGGACCCAACAGAAAGAAGGUUAUGAUUGUUGAUAGUGGAUCUGGAACAGUCCAGUGGGACCUGAAGCUGAACUCAAGACCAGAUAGCCCUGGGCCAGCCACUCUUUCUACUGCUGAUCACCGGUCCACCUUCCUCAUCUGGGGUGACUACCAGGAGCCAGGAAAUGCAACGAGAUCCAGAGCUCCUCUCCAGAAGCUGUACCUUUUCCAUCCUUCCUACACUAACGUCCUGUUGGAGCUCCGCAAUAACACAGACGAAAUAAUUGCAUUCAAUGCCGCGCUGUUUGAGCGGAGCCGUCACGCCUGCUACGUGCUGUUGAGGGGUCCUCAACCCAGCGAGGAGCCGGCAUUGGUGUCUCUGAUGAAGCGGAAGCUGAAGGAGGAUGUUGCCGAGAGCAGGGUGAUCUGGCUGAGCCAGGUGGCUGUGGACAAGGAUCAGUAUGUCCGGGACCGCCUCUACAGGAUGCGAUUCCACAGUCGAGUGUGAGCUUGCUGAAGGAAGGGGGAGAGCCUGCCUUGGCCCCAGCAUCUCCAAGAUUCUCCUCUCCUCCGCAGCCGUGCUCUUAGUAAACCCAGACCACGGAUUCAAAUGGGAAGCUGCCUUUCUCGAUCCACAAACCAAAGUGUGGCUGGCGGGGAAGCAUCCCCAGCUUCUGGGGACACCCAAGCCGUGGGGGCAGCUGCCAGUGAAUCUGUCCUCAGAGCUGAUGGGACUUCAGUGCUUGGCCACCACUGAAGUUUUGUCAGCUCAGAGAAGAGGGCUUUCCCCUCGAUUCUUCUUUGCCCGCAGAGCUGUGGUGGCUCAGCCUGUGUCUGGAGGAAAACACGUGCUUGCUGGGGGUGUGGGAGUUGAUUGUUUCUUGGGCGCUUGCGUGAGAAGUGAAGCUUCGGCGUGUGGUGGAUGGUUUCCUUUCUGAUUUAGCCCUUUGGCUACAGGUCGAUUUGCAAUUCCCUCCCUGGUUUUGGGCCCCGGCUCUGGGAGUUGUGGGGUGUGCGCAGUGAUGGAGCCCAGCUGUGGCCGAUGAUGUGUUGAGGUGUCCCCAGGUCAGCAGAGCGCAGGUUAAAGUCUCAUUCUACUUAGAAAAUGGCCUUUUCUCCUAAGGACAGUCCCCUGUGCCCUGCUCUGCUGUCACAAGCCUACCUGUGCCUGUCUCCACGGCUUCUUUUCCAGCCAGGCUGUGCAGUGUUGGUGACAGACAGGGAGCUGCUCUCCCCACUGAUUGAUGCAUCAGUGUUCUUCCCUGUCUCGAGUCUGAUUAUUGGUGAUAUGAAAACCACCCUAAGUCCAGGCUGGCUGGUUCCUGACGGCACAGACACCACCUCUCCUGCUGGUUUUGAGGUGCCAGGGGAUCUAGGGCGUUUUUUCAGAGUAGAAUUGCACUUUAAGCUUGCUUGGGAGCUGGGUUUGCCGCUCUGGGGAGCCCUGUAGCCCAAUGGCAAUGCCAGCUGCCCUGCAAAUACUCACUCAGCUGCUAAGGAGCCUUUACUAUGUACUGUCCCCUCUGCCAGGAGGUGGUGCAGGCGUGUGCGGGGGGAACAACACGAGCUCACUUUGUAGCACAGCUCCAGAGGGAACUCUGUGCUUCUUCCCUGCCCUUGGAGUUGAAGUAGUGCUAAGUGAGGAUCCUCGGGCACUGAUCUCUCUGCCCAGCCCGAGGAAAUGGGACAGGUUGGUGCAGGAAGAUGAUGUCUCCCCUGGAGACUUCAGUAGCAUGGUGUGUUUGCUCUGCCAUGUUCCUGCACAGGCUGUAGAAACAGAGUGUGAAGCCUGGAAAAUGGUUUGAAUCGGUUGCUCAGUCGUGGAAGCUGCAGUCCCCACAGCGGCGCAUUGAGACAUGAGCUUUGUAGGUGCUGGGUGUCCCUCUGGCUGCUGAGAGGAAGGCGGAUAAAAACCACACCCCUAAAAAUAAACUCUCUUGAGGUUUGCAGAGGGGCUUUGGCCAGUGCCUCUUCCCUUGCCUAGUCUCACAUCGGCACGUGUGUGGAAAUACUGUAGGAUGAGGAGCUUAGGCCGGGUUGUGUAGUCACAACCAGUGGUUCUUCCCUCGUGACAGUGUGCUGCGGGGCAGCUGCAUUAACCCCUGCCCGUGCCCACAACGUCACCUCUCCCAGCCUUGUGGCAAAAUGCGCAGCAGCAGCAGCAGUCAUGUUCUGCCUGGAUGCUUACCUCUGGCUUCCAGCUGGCCCAGUAGCUGGAAAUGGUGGGUAUCCUCCUCUGUUCCUCUUUCCAAGCUGUUUCUGAGGGUGUCUGGGGAUGUGAGGAGGCUCCCCGGCCGUGUCCCCUAGCUUAGGUUGCCUCUUUGCUCAGCGCAGUGAAGACCUGAAGCCCAGCAGCCCCAGCGGUGCAGAGAGCAGGGCUGUGCCAGCGCUGCAGAACCCAGCUUGGGAGGCCCGGAUUCAGCCUGUCCUUCAUCCAGCUGGGGCAGAGUCGGGAGCGUGAGGGUGGUGGGAUACAGCCUAUAUCCCACUGAAAUUCUCCUGCCAGGCAGCGGGGUGCCCGGGCUGUAUUCUCACCACCAUCACAGCACCUCGGCUCUCUCCUUCUAUUGAUUCCUACCCAGACCUGACAUUUCCCGUAGGCACGCUGAAUGUUCCUUCAGGAGGGCUGGAUUUUCGUCUUUUGGGGGCUUUUUUUGGCUUUAAGUUGUCCAUUAAUGUUUCCAGAUACUUUGGAAAUGCAGAUUUCCCUGUGGCAGCUCAAUUAAACGCAUCAGUGCCAAACCAACACCUUCUUAACAACACAAGUCCUUUUUCCAGCUUACUUCUGUGUGUAAUUGGUUUUUUUUUUGCAGUAUUUAAUGAAUGACAUUGUGCCUUGAUUCAACAACUCAGAUGGGUGAUGAUGGCAGAUAUCACUGUGUUAUGUGUAAGUGUGUUUUUUAACACUAAAACUGUUUGGUUUGGUUCUUUAACUUAUUGCAAUUUGUGCCCUAUAGGACUUGGUCUAAACUGAAAUGGUUUCAAUAAAUCCUC